AUGGAAAUAGAGAGACCAAAAAAAGCUGACACUAUAAAGUUGCUUUCAACAUAUAAAUCUAGUGUAACAGGAAAUUUAGUUAGGCCAGAUUGCUAAGGAUAUAAAAACGUAAGCGAAUAAUUCAUCCUUAAAGAUAGCUAAAAGAAAUAUGAUAUACAAUAUUGGAAGACAUACUUUAAAAGAUUAGAUUAGAUUAAGGAAUAUUUUAUGUCAAAUUUUAGUGAAGAAUCUAUUCCUAUUUGCGAUAAAAUAUUAAACAUAAAAGUAGGGGAACACUAAGUUGUGAUUGCAACCCUUUACAAGGAUAUGAAAUUAAAACCUAAUGUACUUACUGUCUCAUAAUAAAGAGAUAACUACAUGGCUGAUGACGACGUAAUUUAUAUGGAAGACUAGACAGGUAGAAUGUAGUUAGCAUUCAACAAUACACAAUUUAAAAGCUCAAUCAGCAAGCCAAAAACAAUUGAUGUGAAGAAUUUAACUUCAGGAUUAGUUGUAGGUAUAAGGGGUAUUUAAAGAGUAGCUGAAAUUAACGUAUUUGAAGUUGAAGAGAUUUAUUGUUGUGAUUUACCUCAUUAAGAACAUAUCCUUAAAAUACCAGCUCCUUUGACUUAUGGUGAUGACUCUCAUUUAGAAAAUAACAACAAUUUCCAUGAUCUUUCUCAUUAUAUCAAAAACUAUUAAGAUCACAAAUUUAUACUACUAACUUCAGGUUUAAACAUUGAUCCAAACGUUGAUAGAUACACUCUUAUAUAGCUUAAAAAUCAUCUAUUUGGAUUGACAAAUCUAAAACCAUUAAUGUCAAGAGUUUGUAGAGUUGUAAUGGCUGGUAACUUAAUUGAAAAGAAUAAAGAUUUAGAUUAUAAUUUAGUUGGUUCAUAUCGUAUGCAGGAAUAAUUUAAAUAACUUUAUGCAGAAAUUGCUAAAAAGAUGCAUGAUGUAGAUAAAAAUAUUAAUGAAAUUGCUGGAAAUGUUUGUUUAGAUAUUAUGCCAGGAGAUAAAGAUCCUGCAUAAGCAUUUUUACCUUAACAAUCCUUGAAUAAGUGUUAUUUUGCAUCAUCCAAAUCUAUUCCAACACUUAAUCUUGUUUCUAAUCCUUAUAAAUUUGAAUAAGAAAAUAUUUAAAUAUUAGGUGUAUCAGGAUAGAGUAUGCUUGACAUUAAAAAAUAUAGCAAUUACAGCGAUUAGGAUAUAGACAUACUAUAAUCACAUUUACUAUGGAGACAUAUUUCACCUACUUCUCCUGAUACUUUAUAAUGUUUCCCAUUCCAUGAAAGUGAUCCUUUUAUUUUAGAUGAGCUUCCUCAUGUUUAUUUUAGUGGAAAUAGUCCUAAAUUUGAAACAAAAAUGGUAUAUGAAGAGAACACUAAAAAGAGAUGUAGAUUAAUUUGUGUCCCUGCUUUAUCUGCUAGUAAUUCUUUUGUAAUAAUGAAUCUAGCUAACUUAGAUACAUUUGAAAUUAAAUUAUGA